CGUGCUUUUUCCGUUAUUGUACUGCGGAAAAUGUUUGAGAUAAGUAAAAACGAAAAGUUAUCCGUAAUACGCACAGCAAUUGAUUUCGACAGGAUAUGGCCGUGAGCUCUUAACGUACAGAGAUUGCUAACAUCAGCUAGCUUGGCAACCAAUUUAAAAAGCAGCAUCUUCUCAAUCGGGUCAGAGAAGAAGGCAGCGCUUAAAAAAUGAUGAGUGAGUGGAGUCCCGUGGCAAAGGUUUACGACCCUCUCAAAGCGGGCAGCAUCGACGGCACAGAUGUGGAGCCCCACGACAAAGCCGUGUGGAGGGCCAUGAUGGCCCGUUACCAGCCUAACAAGGGGGUGACCGGUGACCCUCUCCUGACGCUGUUCGUGGCACGCCUCAAUCCGCAGACGUCCGAGGACAAGCUCCAGGAAGUCUUCUCCAAGUUUGGAGACAUCCGCAGGGUACGUCUGGUCCGGGACAUCGUGACGGGUUUCUCCAAGCGUUACGCUUUCAUCGAGUACAAGGAGGAGCGCUCGGUGAAGAGAGCCUGGAGAGACGCCAGCAAGCUGGUGGUGGACCAAUAUGAGCUCUUCGUGGACUUCGAACAAGAGCGCACGCUCCAAGGAUGGAUCCCGAGGCGACUCGGAGGAGGCCAGGGGGGGAAAAAGGAAUCGGGUCAGCUGAGGUUUGGAGGGAGGGAUAGACCUUUCCGGAAACCCAUCAAUCUGACGUCCAUGAUGCCCCAAAACAGAUCAGCGGAUAGAUGGGAUCCGUCGAGUGGGAGGGAGGAGAGACAAAGAGACCAAGAGCAAGAUAGGGAACACGGACGAUGGCGGGAGAGGAGAAGCGACUGGGAUCGAGGUAGUGAUAGAGGUUACCACAAAGAGAAAAGAGACUCGAGACACCAGCGCAACCGAAGCCGAGAGAGAGACUCCAGCAGAAGACAAAGAGAUUCUUACAGAGAUCGUGAAUGAAGCUUUGCACACUUUUCUUAUUCGGGACUUUUCUUUUUUUUUUUUUUUACCACUGAUGUGAAUUAUUCAUUUGAAAUAAAAGUUUAACUAAACAAGAAAAGCUUUCUAUUCACCAAAGAAACCUAAAAGUGGUUUCCACGGAAUCAGAAAUGUUUUUCUGAGCAGCAAAUAAGUAUAUUACUUAAGUAUAUGAUUUGUGAAGGAUCACGUCACACUGAAGACUGGAGAAAUGAUGCUGACAUUUCAGGAAUAAAUUACAUUUUAAAAUAUAUCCCAGUUAAAUGCAAUUAUUUUUAAAUGAUAACAUUUCGCAAUAUAAUAAUUUGAUCGAAUAAAAACCGCCUUGGAGAGAGAAGGAAACCUCUUUUGAACCCAACUUAUUUUUUUCC